GUAAACUGUCAUCUACAUGAGUCCUGGCUCCCAUUAAAUCUCUAGCACUGGAAAUCUUAUAUUUUCCAUUUCAGGCAAUAAUUUACAAUGAUGAGACCGUGUUUCAUACUACUAUCGUUGAUAGUUAUCGUGGUGUGCGUUAAAGACGUAAAAGGCGAUCCUUGCAAACAGGGCUCCGUUUGCCCACUGAAUUUCUUUUACAACCCUAAUUUGGAAUCCUGCUAUAAUUUCGUCAUAUCCGAGAAGAUCACGUGGUACGAUGCACUAACCGUUUGUGCACAAAUGGACGCAAAUCUGGCUGCUAUAGAAACGCAAGAAGAGCUUGAUUUUCUCCGGAGGGAAAUCAAAGGACGGGAAAUCGUUGGAAGCGCAUCAAAUGGAAACUCCUUUCACCUUGGUGGUAACAUUCUAAAUGGGCAUUGGCAAUGGAUGGGUGGACCAUCGUGGAAGACGAAACCCAUUUCGUUUGCAUCAUGGGCCUCUGGCCAGCCAAAUGCACUUGGUUCACAAAAGUGCACGCUUCUUUAUGGUGGCGAUGAUUUUAAAUUCCAUAACUGGGAAUGUCAUCUUAAGUUCCACUACAUUUGUGAAAUCAAAAUGAAAUAGGCAUUCAUUGUGCCACUUACAAAAAUGAUAAAGAUAAAUUAUAUUUAACGUUUUGUCGAUUAGUAUUGUCCAUCUAGAGCAAAAUAAAACAGAAAUAAAACUUUUCAAAGUA